AAAAAUGGAUAAGAGAGGAAGCUGUAGGGUGUUUUUGAGACUUUUCUUCUGGAUGGUAUAUCUUUAUGUAUGGAAAGAAUGUUCUGCUGUUGGUUGGUGGCAUUAGAGGAUGAUGCAUUUUAUUACCAUUCAUUUGAUGAAACCUUUAGAAAAAAGGAAGUUGGUUUCACCUAAGGCUUUCCCUUAUAAAAUUAUUUGUUUGUCGGGGAAAAUUCUCUACUAUUCCAAGGUUAAAAUUGAAUAGGUGCAUCCUUAGUGGUUCUUUUGCAUUUCUUAGCAUAAAUACUGGUGGCACUAGUAAUCAAUAAAGAUAUUGAGAGUGAAUAAUUUAUUCUUUAGAAGUUAUGCAUCUUUGACUUGCUAUUGAGUUGCCCUGUUUAACUUUCAAUUAUAUAAUCACCAUGUUUUUUGUUGAUGUUGUAAAGUCGAUAUCUUAUCUUACUCUCGUGUAUGACAUGACCAGGUAUGCAACUGCAAGUGCAAGGUCUGAUGGUCUUCUUCUCCUUUGUGGAGGGAGGGAUGCAAAUAGUGUGCCAUUGGCAAGUGCAUAUGGUCUUGCCAAACAUAGGGAUGGCCGUUGGGAAUGGGCAAUUGCUCCUGGUGUCUCUCCUUCUUCAAGAUAUCAACAUGCAGCAGUCUUUGUUAAUGCACGUCUGCAUGUUUCUGGAGGGGCCCUUGGUGGUGGCCGCAUGGUUGAAGAUUCAUCAAGUGUUGCAGUGUUGGAUACUGCAGCAGGAGUUUGGUGUGAUACAAAAUCUGUGGUUACUAGUCCAAGGACAGGUAGAUACAGUGCUGAUGCAGCCGGUGGAGAUGCUGCAGUUGAGCUGACAAGGCGUUGCAGACAUGCAGCUGCAGCGGUUGGUGACUUGAUCUUUAUAUAUGGUGGUCUACGUGGAGGAGUGUUGCUUGAUGACCUACUUGUCGCGGAAGAUUUGGCUGCUGCUGAAACAACAACAGCAGCUUCGCAUGCUGCAGCGGCAGCUGCUCAAUCUGUACAAGGUCGUUUACCUGGAAGGUAUGAAUUCAUUGAUGACAGAGAAAGACAGUUGACUGAAGCAGCUCCUGAUGGUGCUAUUGUGCUGGGAAAUCCAGUUGCACCCCCAGUAAAUGGUGACAUGUAUACUGAUAUAAGUACUGAAAAUGCUUUGCUCCAGGGAACCCGGAGAUUGAGCAAAGGUGUAGAGUAUUUAGUUGAAGCAUCAGCAGCUGAAGCUGAGGCAAUCAGUGCCACUUUGGCUGCUGCCAAGGCACGACAAGUUAAUGGAGAAGUUGAACUCCCUGAUAGAGAUCGUGGUUCAGAGGCUACCCCCAGUGGGAAGCAGAUAUCUACCUUGAUCAAGCCUGAUUCUGCUGGGUCAAAUAAUAUUCCAUCAGCUGGAGUGCGACUGCAUCACAGAGCUGUCGUUGUAGCUGCAGAGACUGGUGGAGCUUUAGGUGGCAUGGUGAGGCAACUUUCAAUUGAUCAAUUUGAAAAUGAAGGCAGGCGGGUUAGUUAUGGGACUCCAGAGAGUGCAACUGCAGCAAGGAAAUUGUUAGAUCGACAGAUGUCCAUAAAUAGCGUUCCCAAAAAGGUAGUGGCACAUCUUUUAAAGCCUCGUGGGUGGAAGCCUCCGGUUCGCAGGCAAUUUUUCUUAGAUUGUAAUGAAAUAGCAGAUCUUUGUGACAGCGCUGAGCGAAUAUUCUCUGGUGAACCAAGCGUCUUACAGCUUAGGGCGCCUAUCAAGAUAUUUGGUGAUUUACAUGGGCAAUUUGGUGACCUCAUGCGCCUUUUUGACGAGUAUGGUUCACCUUCAACGGCUGGAGAUAUCGCAUAUAUCGACUAUCUCUUCUUAGGGGAUUAUGUUGACCGGGGUCAACAUAGCUUGGAAACGAUUACUCUUCUGCUUGCUUUGAAGGUUGAGUAUCCCCAUAAUGUACAUUUAAUCCGUGGAAACCAUGAAGCUGCAGAUAUAAAUGCUCUAUUUGGCUUUCGGAUUGAAUGCAUUGAGCGAAUGGGUGAGAGAGAUGGAAUUUGGGCAUGGCAUCGAAUAAACCGUUUGUUUAAUUGGCUUCCACUGGCAGCUCUUAUUGAAAAGAAAAUCAUCUGUAUGCAUGGCGGUAUUGGUCGGUCUAUAAAUCAUGUUGAGCAGAUUGAGAAUCUCCAGCGUCCUAUUACAAUGGAAGCUGGCUCCAUUGUGCUUAUGGAUUUGUUAUGGUCUGACCCAACAGAAAAUGACAGUGUGGAAGGUUUACGACCAAAUGCUAGAGGUCCUGGGCUGGUUACAUUUGGGCCUGAUCGUGUCAUGGAAUUCUGCAAUAACAAUGAUCUUCAGUUGAUUGUGCGUGCACAUGAAUGUGUAAUGGAUGGAUUUGAGCGUUUUGCCCAGGGGCAUCUGAUUACACUUUUCUCUGCUACCAAUUAUUGUGGUACGGCCAAUAAUGCCGGGGCAAUCCUAGUCUUGGGUAGGGAUCUUGUUGUGGUUCCGAAACUCAUUCAUCCUUUACCACCAGCAAUUUCAUCACCAGAAACUUCACCGGAACGCCAUAUUGAAGAUACAUGGAUGCAGGAGUUGAAUGCAAACAGACCUCCAACACCAACUAGAGGCCGUCCCCAAGGAGCUAAUGAUCGGGGUUCCCUUGCUUGGAUAUAGUUGAUUAUUCUGAAUUGCUUCGUCAUAUUCAUUCUGGCCUCGUUCUUCCUGAUGGGAUUUCUAGUGCUGUAUAGAGCAUGAUGUCAAAUACAAGAAGUUCCCCCGUUCUUCCACAUGGGGUUUCCCAUGGUGUAUAGAGCACGAUGCCAUAUACAAGAAGUUCCAAAACUUGUGAUCUAUUUUCCAGGUAACAAGUUUGAAGGCAUUCUGAAAUUUUGGUUUACUUUACACAAUUGGUAGGCCAUGAGAUGAUGAGAAGACACAAAGUCGAAGAAGUAGGUUGUGGUUGGCGGGUAGGUUUCACUUUGUAUGAUGUGCUAAAAUGUUGGAGUUUGGGUCAACCCGCCCUUUGUAAAUUGAGCUACAGGCAGGUAGAAGUCAGUAUUCGUUCUUCCCGUGGAUUGGUAGUGCCGAGUAUUCUUCUGAUUAGUUGAUAUAUUGUUUAUUCCUCGUUUUAGGCAUAUUAAUUUCCCCUUGAAGAGGACAGGGGGUCAAUUUGUGGUGGUGAGAUAUAUAAAAUUUUUAGAAUCUUUGUGAGCGUCCGUCCGUCGGUCCGUGAUUGUAUCAUAGAGGUAUUGCUUUGUGUAAUAUUUCAUCUUUGUUUUGUACCAUGUAACAUUGUGUGAAGAUAAGUAACCGUUUUUUGAUCCGACACA